GUGUUCCUAACAGGAAGUGAGGUGUGCUAUGACGAUUUGGGCUGCUUCUCCACGGAGUCUCCAUUUGACAACAGCCCCGAAAGACCAUUUACCGUACUGCCUCAAUCCCCGGGAAAAAUUGGGUAAAAUGAACUAUAUCUUUUUCUUGUAAGGUCGUAUAACUAAUUUCAUCAAUUUCGUCUGUAUUCUAGAAGUCUUUAAUAUCGUCAAGAAUCACAUCAACCGUUUUUUUGUUGUUGACAUUUACGUAACACCAAUAGUUCAACAAAAUAACAUAGUAAAUAUAAAACAAGAAAGUGGGGUUGGGGUUGUGGCUUGGUGUGAAGGAGAUAAUUGCCUUAAAUAGUGUUGAGAUAGAAAGACAAUAUAAAACCGGUGGCCGUGCAUCAGCCACGAUGCUAGAAAUUAAAGUUAUUUUCAAGCCAGAACGACGCGAUGUCAACAUCAAGAUUCAGUGUCCACAUGAAGAGCCGAUGUACACAUCAAGAGCCGAUGUACACAUCACGAGCUGAUGUACACACCAAAGGCGGUUGCCGACCUAUUAAAAUCAAAUUUACUUGUCGAUUAUUUUAAAUUAUAAUUACAUUUUUUACGGAGCAAAAUAAUCUUUAUUGACACGAUAUAAUUAUGAUCAACUAUUUUAUAAGUAUUGGACGAACAAGAAUUAAACUACCCAUGCUUCUUGACUGUAUAUCCGGUGUAUAAGUCUAUGCCUUAUGUCUUUUAAUGCACAGUCCUGUUUGUAACAUUAUUUUAUUGUAUGUCAUUCUGAACAGUGAUGAACCUCUCUUGUUUAUGAGCAUAUAACCAAUUUAAGCUUCAAGCAACAGAAACAGAAUGACAAAAAUGUACAAACCGUGGAAAAGCCAGAUUAGGUUCGAAUCAAAAGUCUUCAGCACAAUUUCCAUUUCUUGGCGGAUCUUGCUGAUGUCUUAUUGACUUUCUUUUACUUAAUAAACUCAUUUUAGGGACUUUCCGUAAAUUUACGGACGUUUGACAUCACUGACCCCUACAUUUAUUCUAAUGUUAGUGUUAGUGCUGUACAUACUUUUUCUUACCAUCAAAUCUGUUGUUUAGUCUGUGUGCUGCAUACUGUCUGACUAUCAACUUCAAUGUUCCCCAGUAAAUGGUUAAACAUUUUUUUUGUAGCACCAUUUUCGCACAUUUCUCACGGAAUAAUUCGGACGUUGGUCAAGAUCUCGAGGCUUUAAAAACGACCACUGUGGCCGACACAUGGACCGGCUACAAGCCUCGCCUAACAAAGAUCAUUGUGCACGGUUUCCUCCAGGACCCGGCUACAACUACUUGGUUAAGAGUAAGAUUUGAACGAUCACGUUACUUAUUCCUAACGAAGAAGUUUCAAUCUUAGGUUUUUAGCGUAAUUCAUAAAUAUCAAAGUAUCGAUUUAGCUAAUUAAGUUGAUUUCAAAUUGAAUGUGUUAAAAAAGUUUUUUUAAACUAAAUGUUCAGCGUUAUCAAAGGUAACAAUAUAUUUAAAUGUUAUUUAUAUUUAUCAUUCACGAACGGUGCCGGCAUUUAGCCGUUUCGCCCCAGUUCGGUAAAUGGAUAAUUUUUUUUAUUUUUACAAAUCGGGUGUUAAAUUUUCGAAAUAUCUUAAAUAGCAGUUUUAUUGUUUUUUUGUAAGGUAUUACACAUAAUAAGUUUUCACUAAUAUUUUUGAAUUCUUUCUUUUAAACAGUUUAGUUCUGUGUAUCAAUUGUAUGCUCUUAUUCAAUUAUUACCUGUAUUAAAUCAUAAACUACCUUCGGCGUAACGUUUUUAUUCUUAAAACGAUUAUUUAACCAGCGAACCAGUUUUUAACUUAUUGAGAUCCCACCUUCGCCUUGGGGCACUGUUGCGUGGGGCGUGGGACAAAGCGCACCUUCGCCUUGGGGCACUGUUGCGUGGGGCGUGGGAACAAGGGCCACGUUAACGAGUACGAAGAUAAAGUGGUUUUUCUCAACGUGCUAACAUAACAUGAUGGUUUUCUUACACGUACAGAGAUGAGAUUGGUUUCUUAUACGUACAAACAUGAGAUUGUUUUCUUAUACGUACAGAUAUGAGAUGGUUUUCUUAUACGUACAGACAUGAGAUGAUUUUCUUAUACGUACAGACAUGAGAUGGUUUUCAUAUACGUACAAACAUAAGUCGGUGUUCUUACAUGCACUGGCAGGACAUGAAGGACGAGCUGUUGAGAAAAGCAGAUUACAACGUUGUCAUUGUAGAUUGGCACACGGGUAACGGCCCGCCCUACACACAGGCCACUGCCAACACACGUGUUGUUGGAGCACAGAUUGCGUACCUCAUUCAGAAACUCAUUGUAAGUUUGUGUGUAUGUGUGUGUUUUGUGUGUGUAUGUGGGGGUUGUGGGGGUAGGAUUGGAGGUGGGGGUGGGGAUGCUUGAGUAUUUACGCUGUUCUUUGCUUAAUUUCAAUGGAGUAACUACACAUCUUUGGAACAAUUAGAAUCCAAAAUACAGCAUAGUGGUGACACAGGAAUAUAUUUUAUUACGAUGGGAUUUUUUUUUUUUGGUCAGUUUGUUAAUGACCUUUUAGUUUUUCUAUCUAGAUACGGUCAAUACAUGUCCCAACUACCUGAGGUCAGUACAUGUCCCAACUACAUGAGGUCAGUACAUGUCCCAACUACAUGAGGUCAAUACAUGUCCCAACGACCUGAGGUCAGUACAUGUCCCAACUACAUGAGGUCAGUACAUGUCCCAACUACCUGAGGUCAGUACAUGUCCCAACUACCUGAGGUCAGUACAUGUCCCAACUACAUGAGGUCAGUACAUGUCCCAACUACCUGAGGUCAGUACAUGUCCCCACUACAUGAGGUCAGUACAUGUUCAAAUAUCAUAUGAUAUCUCAUAUGACUGAUUUGCCUCUUUUAUAUAAUGACGUUUUCAUUAUUGCUAUUAAGGAAACCUACUUAAAUCGACAGCAAAAUUGCAUUGAUAGCAUUACAAAGUAUAAAUACAUAAACGUGUGUUACAAUUCGUAUUUUUCAUUUACCAGGAAAACUUUCCUGAGACCACGGCUGGAGAUUUCCACGUCAUUGGUCACAGCCUUGGUGCCCACAUCGCUGGCUACGCUGGGGAACGGACGCCUGGUCUUGGCAGAAUCACAGGUGAAUUUGGGUUUUUUGUUUAAAAAAAUCAAUAAAACCAAUGGGGAAAAAAUGCGUAGAGUCCACACAAAUUUACUAAAUCAUUUACUGAACUCAACAACUGACGUAGGAGAAGGUUUGGGAGAGAGGGUAGAUUGGAACUUUGUCUGUUAGGGAGAUGACAUGUUGGGCUCAUUUUAUAGUCCAUAAUAAUAAUGGUGACUUGUAUUAUCUUUGAUAACUACCUAUCUCAUACAAAGUACAUUGAUUAAAAUCAAUGAGUUUCUUAACUAUUUUAUUAGACUAUUAAUAGACAGUGCAGAAUAGCGAUUUCCAGAAAGAUAAGUGUCAAUAAAUUAAUUCAUGUCUUAAUAUCAACAUCAAAGCACCUGGUGGGGGGUAUUUACAUUUCCUGCCAUAUGACCAAUUUUUGAACUUAUAAAAGGUUAUUCAACUGUAAUAUGGCAUCACUCAUAUUGUUCGAUUGGUAUAAUAUAAAGGAUGCAAAGUAAUACUUUCCCUUUUAUUUUAAUCAUACAUGGAUUGUUAUGCUAUAAUUCUGUCACAGGGCUGGACCCAGCUGGACCAUAUUUUGAGAACACUGAUCCAAGAGUGAGGUUGGAUCCCACAGACGCCACAUUCGUCGACGCGAUUCACACAGAUUACAAGUCCUGGACUGCAAUUGGUGAGUGACUGAGCCAAUGUUCCCUCUAAGGUUUGUUGGUUCGUGUGCAAAAUCAUAAAGUUGUGUGCAAAUUUUUACAGCAUCAAUUUUUUUACAGCCUACAGACAAAACAGCCACUUAAGUGGAAAUUAGCUUCGCGGUACUCAAAACUGCUGCGCGGCAUCUGUUAGAUUGCUGCGCGGCCGCGCAGCCGCGCAGCUUAAAGGGAACAGUGCACUUAGCCAUAUUGUUAUUUUGUAGGACAAUGAAACUUGCAUUCACGGAUUUCUAUUAAGCUUCAUGGAAAAUCUUGCAUGAGGCCUUAGAAAGGAUGGCUAUUUUUUGGUGUCACAAUAGUUUAGGUAUCGCCCGACUGAAUGACUUUAAACAUCAUUUCCCCAAUCCUCGAGCACCAUUAAAAGUUUUAAACAGGUCAAUGUCCGCCCCCCUCCCCUUUGUGGGAGCUGGACGCUGGCUUUGGUUUAGGCUGUCCAUAAUAGUUCUGUCCGUACUGGUUCUAUCCAUCUUAGUUUUGUUCAUACUAGUUCUGUCCAAAUUAGUUCUGUCCAUACUAGUUCUGUCCAUACUAGUUCUGUCAAUACUAGUUCUGUCCAUACUAGUUCAGUCCAUACUAGUUCUGUCCAAAUUAGUUCUGUCCAUACUAGUUCAGUCCAUACUAGUUCUGUCCAUACUAGUUCUGUCCAUCUAAUGAGCUUUGGUGGCUUUCUAAAAACCAUGAUUAAACCAUUUUCUCUGAUGUGACAUAAAAGUAUCUACAAUGUUCGUCUCUCAAUAGGUAUCGCAGAUCAUUGAAUUUUGUCUUUUCAAAGAGAGUAUUGUGAAUCCUUAGCAAGCAUUUGACCUGGAAUUAUAUAUAUAUAUAUAUAUAUAUAUAUAUAUAUGUAUUAGUAUACAUCGUUAUCGGAAAAUGGCAACCAUUUUGAUUAGUGGUCAAUGGAGAACGCUUCUUGAAGCCUGCGUUGAAGCUGCUGGUGGACAAUUGAAACACAAAAAAUAGUGGUGGCAUAUAUUUUGACAUUAUGUUUGCAUUAAAAUGACUCUUGAAAUGUUUAAAAUUGAAAAAUAUUUACCAUACGAUUUCAUCAUCAAAAGUGUUCAUUUUUUUUCCGGACAAAGUGUAUAUAUAUAUAUAUAUAUAUAUAUAUAUAUAUAUAUAUAUAUAUUUAAACAGAGGAAAGAAUUAAGAAUUGAGCGAUUGAAAUAGCAAUAAAUAAUAAAGCGUUCACAGUUUCCUGACCCAGUAACAGUAAAAGUUUUACACUUGAGUCGAGCCACUAAGGGCGAUCACAAAAAGUCUUUCAAACUGGCAUAACGAUUCGUCCGCACACAUGUUAUAGUGGUUUUCAUAGAACGAACUGCAUCGAAUAUAUACUAAUGAUUUAUUGAUACAAUAAUUAGUCAAAUUUUAUUCGUCAAAUAACUUACAAAAAGAAAUUCAAGCUGCAGGAGAUCUUGUUCUUAAAUUACUUACAGAAACUCCCUAGACCAAAACAGCCAUGUCAAAAUUUGCGUUGUGUGUAUCGUAUUAAUUGGGAGAACACGGGGGCCUAGGGAUACAUCUCAGUGGCCUAUGUCACCUUUAGUGACUCCUUUAAACUUAGAAGCUGGCAUAGAACCAGGGCUGCACAUUUACGAAAAGUCCUUAAAAAAUUGACCUAAAAUUACAUGUCCGUAAAAGUCCGUAAGAACUUUUGAAUAUCCCUCAAAAGCCUUGAUAUUGCCGUAUAAUAGGUUUUUGGAGGAGAAUCAAACCGGAAUUUUCAGCAUUUGUGAUUUUUUCCCCCCGACUUGCUUUACGUUUGAAUGAUUAUAAUUAGGUGCCAUUAAAUAUUAACGAGAAUGGCAUGCUAUAAACUAACGCAACUUAUAAGAUUUUAAGUCAUAAUACUUAGAACGAGGUAAUUACGAAAUAUUUUUUUCAUACUUGCUUUUAGCUUUGUACAUUUAACAAAUUUACACCUAAUGUCCGUAAAGGAUAUAUUUGUCUGUAACAAUUUUUAAAGUUACAAAUAUAUUUCAUUAAGGUUUUUUUUUUUUUGGAUUGAGUUCGCUACAUUGAAUAGAAGCAGUUUAAUGCUGCAAUAAGUGUUGAUGAUACUAUUUUAUAAUAUCCAUUAGCUUAUGGCAUUAAGCAGCCAGUGGGACAUUUGGAUUUCUAUCCGAACUUGGGACAUGACCAACCGGGAUGUGAUGCCAAUCUUGUCACCUCUGUAUUUCAACUGGAUGCACCGAUAUGUAAGCUGGCAGAAGUCGAUGUAUUGAUUAAAAUGUAAUGUGGAACAGCGAAAGGAUGGGUAUUGUAAUGUAUGGUGGGGUAUCAAGAUGUAGGAACAUGUAAUUAAAUGUAUGGUGGGGUAUCAAGAUGUAUUGUGGAUAUAUUAAGUUAUGACAUAUUAGGAAUUGUAAGAUAACACAAGGAAUGUGGUUGAGGGGGGGAAUAAUACAUUAUAUGGGAGGAUAACAAAAGGUAAUCUUGGGAUAACAAAGGUAAAGAGGGAUAGCACAAGGUAAGUGGGGAUAAAAUAAUAUAUGUUGGAAUGACACAUGGUAUGGAUGAAUGACACAUGGUAUUUCGGAAUGACACAUGGUAUUUUGGAAGGAUACGUUGAAUGUUGGGGAUUACACAAGGUAUUUUGGGAUUUUGUACUUUAUGAUGUAUAUGAGGAUUUAAGAGUGCUUAAGUAACAGCUAGGCUUCAUAGGAAUAGCACAAUGCAAUAUGUGACGGGAACUCUGUCACUUGUUUUCUAGCUGCCACCGAUGUUGUCGAUAUAGUGAUCUGCCACCACGCCAGAGCCGUUCAGUACUUCCAUGAGAGUAUCAACUCGGCAUGUCCAUUCUUGGCCUACCCUUGCGUCAAUGAGCAGGAGUAUCUGGUAAGCAAUACAUGCGUUAAUGGUAAAAUCGCAUCAUUUAACAGAAAAAUGGGAGCUCUGUCAAAAAUGGUCUUGACAUAAGCAAAAAAGAAUGUUAAAAAAAUUAAUUUAAAAAAAACCAAAUGAAUGACGUCAUUAAAUAUUAAAACAUAUGAAUGAAGUCAUUAAUUAUUAAAAUAAAUGAAUGACGUCAUAAAAUAUUGAACCUCUAGAACAGCGGUUCUGAAACUGUGGGUCGCGACCUCUUUGGGUAUCGAACGAUCCUUACACAGGGGUCGCUUAAGACCAUCGAAAAACAAAUAUCUAUGAAGUAGCAAGGACAAUAAUUUUGUGAUGGGGGGUCAUCAGAACAUGAAAAGCUCUAAAAACGGGUCACAGCAUUAGCAAAGCUGAGAACCACCGCUCUAGAACAUAAAACAAAAACCAGUAUCCCUAGCAUGUGCCAUUGUCUAUAAACCUGUUGGCGAAUGUAAUCAAUCAUGCAGCUGAAGGCCGUACAACUAAAACCUCAAAAGAAGGCAAGACCCCAAACGUGGAGUGACAGUGACAGUCAUUGAAAGCUUCUGAUAUAUUUUUUUUCAAGAGUGGAAAAUGUAAAACUUGUGAAAAUGGCGGCUGUGCUUCAAUGGGCUUACGGGCUGAACAGUAUUUGCCACUUCCGGGGACAAGGAGAUCUCUAUACCUCACAACAUCCAGCGCGCCACCUUUCUGUCGUGAGUAA